CGUGAACCUAGCAACAUAUGUAAUGGAAUCGAAUCAUUACAUGUAGUAAUAACGACAUAGGAUGAUUGAGACUUGGACCACUUGGAUAUUAUUAAUACUCGAAUUGAAUUUGAAACUUUUUCAAAUAAGGUCCCGUCUACAGAAUAUGUUAAUCAGGAAUGAUUAAAACCUCAAACUGGCAACUGUGAUCCUUGAUGGAACCGCUUUAACUUUGUAUGUAUAAGUGGUUUCUGGAUUUAACGCUAAAGUCCGAUGUCUUGCUCAAGUUACCGAAAUAAAUACGCCUUGGACGCCCAAUCUUAGGUAGUAUAUCGGUUAUUAGUCUACAUUCGCCUACAUUGGGUACACAAUUCAGUUCCAUGCCUUAUAUAUGAACGCAUGCACUUACGAACAUUAUGGCUCGCAUCUUCAUCACUGGAUCAUCAGAUAACAUCGGCCUCGGUAUGCGCUCAGCACAAGCUCUAAUUAAGCGUGGGCACGAUGUCUAUCUACAUUCCCGAAAUAGCCAAAGAGCGCAAGAUGCUCGCACGGCCUGCCCCGGAGCCAAAGAUGUCUUCGUCGCGGACUUAGCAUCUAUGAAAGAGAUCAAAGCUUUGGCGAAACAACUUAACCAGACCGGUCCCUGGGACGCCAUCGUCCACAACGCCGCACACCCGGGGCCUAUGUUCGGCGUCGCUAAUCCCAAAAACGAAGAGGGAAUUUCUAUCCUCUUUAUCAUCAACACACUGGCGCCAUACAUUUUGACCUCUCUGAUAAACCCGCCACCAAAGCGUUACGUCUUUGUUUCUAGCGGUAUGCACAAGGGGGGUGAUCCCUCCUUACGCAAUAUCCAGGAGUGUAGUUAUAGCGAUAGCAAACUACACAAUGUCUUAUUGUCGUUCUGGUUCGCACGCCAUCUCGCUAACAAGGGCGUUCUUAGCAACGCCAUGAGCCCGGGAUGGGUUGCUACCAAGAUAGGCGGCUCGUCAGCACCAGACAAUAUUGACGCGGCCAUCGAUACCUACGUCUUACUGGCUGAGGGGUCAGGAGUUGCCGAAGGCGAGACGGGGAAAUAUUGGUAUCAGACGCAAGCCCGGAGUUCUAGUGGCUCGGGUCAUGAGACAAGCUACUUAAAAGCACUUGAUGAUGAAGCCCUGCAGGAUCAGUUGAUUCAAACCCUUGAGAAGAUCUCGGGCGUUAAGCCGCCCGAGUAAGGUUGUUAUUUAGCAAUCAGUCUUUCUAUAUUGAAUCUCAGCACGCGUUAUCUAGCUUGAUGCUUUAUCGGUAUUCCGGUGGGCUUUUUAAUUUCGCGAAUUUGUAUAGAAAUUAUGUGACUACUGGAUAAGAGAAUGGCACUCCCCUGAUUCCAUUGGAGACCUAUAACACCAAAUGUAUCGAGCUUAUAGAAUCCCUGCCUGGUGCGGAAUAGGGAAAUUGUCAGCGAUAGAAUGUUAGGACUGUAUAAAUAUCCAGCGAGGAUCUGGAUAGAAUGCUGUAACUAGUAAUUCACACGGAUAUGCUUAUCUUGGUAGCAUCAAACUUACCGUUACCAC